UGUCCUUUUCUUGAUGCUGUUACCUGUAACAUUGGUAUAAAGCAAUCGUACAACGUUCUCUCUCAGUACAUUUCAGCCAGAUCAGUCGUUGCGGACAGUGCAGUACACACAUCGUGCAUCUAAAGAGAACCUCCGUUUCGCUGUUUAACAACCUAACCAAGCACUUAUACAAUGUAUAACCAAACGUUCAACACCAGUUCGUACGGUGGCGGUUAUGGUGGUGCCGAUCAUCAACAGCAGUACUACUAUCAGCAGCAACAGCAACAGCAAUACCACCAACAGCAACAAGUGCAGAAGCAACAUCAGCAAAUGAUCGCCGGUAUUAUGGGUUACUACCCGCCGGAAGCGGCGGCAAUGUUCUACAAUCCGUAUUCGUACGGACAUGACCAGUCAGUGCAACAGUAUGCCCAACAGCAGCAACUGGACUAUCAGCUAACUCCUGCCCUGUACCUUCUGAACCAGCAAGCCGAACUGCUGCAAAAGUCACUCGUCAAGGGACAGGCGAAGAAACUGAUCGACGGCACACUUAACAACAAGCCUCAGCGUAAACAACGUGGUCCGUACAAGAAGCGCACCAACAAAACGCUAUCCCCGACCGUAUCACCAGCACCGGAGUUUGUAACGGAUACGGAGCGUCUGUCAUCGUCCGAUCUGUCCAGCGGUAACAAUCGUUCAACCGGUUCCGACGUAUCCGUCCCAACCAUGGAUAGCAGCUACCAACAGCAACAACAACAGCCGCGGAAGCGCAAAAGUGAUCCCUGUCUCGUGAUCGACCAGCAGGAACACAAACAGAGCCGAACACUGAGCCACAAACAGUCCAUCUUUCGCGAUGUAGCCCUGAUGGCCGUAAGCUCUUGCACUGCGGUCGAACAGUGUUAAGUUGGCCGAUGGCCAAAUCGCUGAACGAAAGUGAAACUUACUAACAGCGGACGGCAGUUCCUUACCAUCACACCAUCCAUUCCAACCUGAUGUUGAUCAUACGAUAGAAACGAACGAGAACGGUCAACUUAAAAUAUUUAAACAACUGUUACGGAAAAUAUAUUAUAACGAGCAAUGAAUU